CGGGGCGAGCGCGAGCGGAGCCGGGAGUUGCCGAGCAGAGCCGAGCGGAGCCGAGCCGUGAGGUGCCGGGGAGAGGCGGGCAGAGCCUGCCGGAGGCUCCGCACCCUUCGCGCUACGUUUCCCGGUUCGGUGUCCCCCUGCUUUUGCCCAGGCACCCGCAAAACUUUUAUUGUCUCGGGACCCCUCCACUGGGUGUGUGACGAAAUAGCAGCGCUCCGCUGUCUCCACGCUUGUCUGCAGCGGCGAUCGAGGGAACGUGCAACCCUCGCCCGCCGGGUUCUUGCGCCCUGCGCUUCCUCACCUGCUGUUCGCUCCCCAGAACCGCGAGGGGGUACCCCCAAAGGAACCGCGCGGGCAUCGGCACCCCGAAAUCCUGUUCACCGUUGCAGACCGGCACGGCGCAACUUUAACUUGAUUCCUGUCGCCUAUCCCGGGCACCCGCGGCGGCCGCCGCCGCCGCCGCCGUCGCUGCGGUCUCACAAAGAGCGCGGAGAGGGAAGGCGGCGCGGGCGGCGGGCACGGGCCUCCGGGCUGGCUGCCUAGACAAAAGGGAAACUGCCAUCGUUCUGGACGGCUGUUCUGAGCCGCGUGGGUUCUUCCUACUGGCCCGGGCUGCUUCUCCGCCUGGGUCCCCGUGGGCUGUGCCCGCAGUGCUCGGACCCCGCGAGCUGCGGGGCGCGCGUCGCUGCUGCUGGUCUAGGCUCUAGGGAUAAUAAAUGAUAGAGGAUACAAUGACUUUGCUGUCUCUGCUGGGUCGCAUCAUGCGCUACUUCUUGCUGAGACCCGAGACGCUUUUUCUGCUGUGCAUCAGCUUGGCUCUGUGGAGUUACUUCUUCCACACGGACGAAGUAAAGACCAUCGUCAAGUCCAGCCGGGACGCGGUGAAGAUGGUGAAGGGCAAGGUGGCCGAGAUUAUGCAGAACGAUCGUCUUGGAGGACUUGAUGUGCUGGAGGCCGAGUUUUCCAAGACCUGGGAGUUCAAGAGCCAUAAUGUGGCGGUUUACUCCAUUCAGGGCCGGAGAGACCACAUGGAAGACCGCUUCGAAGUUCUCACCGAUCUGGCCAACAAGACGCACCCGUCCAUCUUCGGAAUCUUUGAUGGACACGGCGGCGAGACUGCAGCAGAAUAUGUAAAAUCCCGACUCCCUGAGGCUCUGAAGCAGCACCUUCAGGAUUAUGAGAAGGACAAAGAAAACAGUGUUCUGUCUUACCAGACUAUCCUUGAGCAGCAGAUCUUGUCAAUUGACCGAGAAAUGCUGGAGAAGUUGACGGUAUCCUACGAUGAAGCAGGCACUACGUGUUUGAUUGCGCUACUGUCCGAUAAAGACCUCACCGUGGCCAAUGUCGGGGAUUCCCGAGGAGUCUUGUGUGACAAAGAUGGCAAUGCUAUUCCCUUGUCUCACGAUCACAAGCCUUACCAGCUCAAGGAAAGGAAGAGGAUAAAAAGAGCUGGUGGCUUCAUCAGUUUCAAUGGCUCCUGGAGAGUCCAGGGAAUCCUAGCCAUGUCUCGAUCCCUGGGGGAUUAUCCACUGAAAAACCUCAAUGUGGUCAUCCCAGACCCAGACAUCUUGACCUUUGACCUGGACAAGCUGCAGCCUGAGUUCAUGAUCUUGGCAUCAGAUGGCCUGUGGGAUGCUUUCAGCAAUGAAGAGGCGGUUCGAUUCAUCAAGGAGCGCUUGGAUGAACCACACUUUGGGGCCAAAAGCAUCGUCCUGCAGUCCUUUUACAGAGGCUGCCCCGACAACAUUACGGUGAUGGUGGUGAAGUUCAGGAGUAGCAGCAAGACGGAAGAGCAAUGAGCGCAGCAGGGUCUCAGCUGUCCCAGCUAGAGGACUCUCAACACACUGUUCUCUUCUUGUAGUAAAAAGUGUGGGGAUUAUAAUUAGGGUCAUGCGUCCCAACACAGCACCCCCUUCCCUGGCGGCCUUGAAUCCCUUCUGAGUGGUGAGCAGAGGGUCUUCCCUGACUGACCUCAUUGAGAGG